AUGGACAACCAACAUCUUGCUCAUUGUCGUUCUGUUGUUGAAGUGUUGACGAAAAUCGAAAUCUCUGAAGCAGAUGCAAUUCCGAUUGACAUCGAUAGUGAACGUAGAGCGAAUGGUUAUCAGCCAAAUUCGACCAAUAUUCAUGAGACGUUCGCUAACGCUCCAUUAUCAAUGGAUGUAAGGGGUAUUGUUGAAUCGUCUCUCCACAUGCCACAAAAUUUGAGUCACCUCAGUAUAUUCUACACAAGCAUGAAGCUGAAGUUUUGGAAGCAGAAUAAUGGUGAUGUUGAUUGGAAAUCCUCUACCAUUGAAAACGAGAGCUCAACUAAGUACCGUGGACGACAUAUAAGCCGAAUUCAAGGACUUUCUCGAGUUUUCUCCGAGUAA